CGGCGGUCCAGCGGCUCCUGCCCGCGCGGCCAGGGAGGCGGGGCCUAACGGCCGGCCGCGGCGAAGGGGGCGGGGUUUCGCGUGAGGGGCGGCGCUUCUCGGCACCCAGCCCCGGAAGCACAGCGGCGCUAGAGCUCAGAGCCAGCCCAGGCGUCGCUACCACCACAUCCACAGUCAUGCCGAAACACGAGUUCUCUGUGGACAUGACCUGUGAAGGCUGCUCCAAUGCGGUCAGUCGGGUGCUCAACAAGCUGGGAGGAGUUGAGUUUGACAUUGACCUACCCAACAAGAAGGUUUGCAUCAACUCUGAGCACAGCGUGGACCUUCUGCUGGAGACGCUGGGAAAAACAGGAAAAGCUGUUUCCUACCUCGGCCCCAAGUAAUGAGGGCCUGGACCCCUGGGCCCAAGAUGGACCAACGGGGGCAGGUCGCUGAUCCUCUCCUGCCUUCCAGACAGACCUGGGGCCUGGCAGUCCUACUCGGCAAUGGGGGUUCCCACAGAGACCCUCACUUGCUCUGCUCCUCCCUACCUUCCCUGCAAUAAAAUCGAGCCACUUUGGUUGGAA